AUGACCCUUGCGACAAAGUGGCCUGCGACAAGGUGGGCCUGCGACAAGGUGGCCUGCGACAAAGUGGUCGCGACAAGGUGGUCGCGACAAGGUGGCCCGCGACAAGGUGGGCCGUACCCGCAAUUCAAUUGUUGUUGCAUUUUUUAUGUUGACAUUUCGUAUAACUAUGUUAUAAUUUAUAUCAUUUUGUCGAAUUUUAUUUGGUCAAGACAGCUCAGCUGUUCUUUUGUUCAAAAUUUUAUUUUCAUUUUUCUAUUAUUUUAUUUUAAUCUUUAUUUAUUUUCAAGAAUGAGUAAAGACCGGCCUUAUUGCAAAGCUCUAUAUGACUUCAGAAGUGAAUAUCCUGGUGAAUUGAACUUUACUGCAAAUGAACUUAUUUAUAUUGAUAAGAAAAUUAACGAGGAAUGGUUAAGUGGAGAAUCACAAAAAUCUGGACAGAAAGGAAUUUUUCCAAUUAGUUUCGUUGAAAUAAUUCUUAAUGAACAAGAGGUUUCUGUUUAA